GAAAGCGCAAGUGGAAAGCGUGGCUUGAGCAAGCCACUUUUUGAAGCGACGCAAUAAGCCCAGUUCGCCGUGGGGCUUGUCCCCAAGGGCCCCAGUUCAGAGCACCAUGGAUAUGAGGCCUCCACCCCCGCCUCCCGGCCUGAGCUUGGCGCAGCAGGCGCAGCAGCUCCAAAGUGCCAAGUUCGGGGGCGUGGGAGUGGCGCCGAAGCUACCCAUCAACAUGGGCCCCGGUCCGGGUGGUCCGGGCGGUCCUGGCUGGCAGGGCGGCAUGCAAGGCGGAGGCGGCAUGGGAAGCAUGACGCAGCCAGGGAUGUCCAAUGGCAUGCAAGGCUCGGGCAUGCAAGGCGGCAUGCGACCGAGUUGGGGCGGAGCGCAGCAGUUCGGGCAGGGCCAGGGCGGCAUGCCGAAUUAUUCGCAGCCGAUGCCUCCUGGGCAGUACACGCCACAGCAGUAUGUUGGGAGGCCCGGUGGCAACUCCCCCGGCGGCCUGCAGCGAACGAACAGCUACGGCAACAGCGGCGGCUAUGGGCCAGGCGGCGGCCCUGGCGGCCCUGGCGGGCCGCUGGUUGUGCCGCCGCCUCCGGGGGGGCCGGCGCCGUUGUCGAAUCUGUCGGGGCCGCCGGGGCCCCCGCCGGGGCCACCGCCCAUGCAGUACGGCCAGUUCGGGCUGCCCAGUGCGAGAGGUCAGCAUCCUGGCGGCAGGCGAGGCGGCCCUCACGGCCCUCACGCCCGCCCGCCGCCGCACCCCAACUGGAAGCCCGGCCAGCCACCGCCGCCGCCAGGCCCUGGCCCACCGGUUCGCGUGCCCGGCAGCACGCUGGAGGCCGCGCUGGCUGCGGCACAACACCUGGGUGCUGGCGGGAUGCUGGAGGCGACCUCCGCGAUCGAUUUCUCUGCCAAGCUAGAGGAUCUCAGGAGGAAGCACCCCCAGGUGAAGGUUCCUUCGGAUGCAUGGACCUGGAAGCCGGAGGAGUUAGAGGCCUGGUUCGCCAGCGGCGGCACCUCCAAGGUGCCUCUCGCCACGUCAGCCGCCGCCAAAGAGGCGCCGGCGCCCAAAGAGGCGGCCACGCCGAAGAAGCGCAGCCACGGCGAGGCUUUUGGCUUCGAGAUCCAAGAGGCUCUUCAGCUGCAGCAGCAGCUCUUGACCGCGUUCUCGGAGGCUGAGUUCCAGGAAAACCUGAAGAGUCUGCAAGCGCAAUACCCGGAGCGGAAGACCAAGGGCCACUACGACAGCUUGGCCUUCUUUGAGGCUCGGAACCUGUGGGCGGGGGAUCGAUUUCCCAGGCGGCGCCCUUCCAAAGGCGCCCAGGCGCGCUCGAGCCCGGAGCCCGGAGACUCGGCCCACUCGGCUCAUUCGGCCCACUCGGCCCAUUCGGCCCACUCGGCCCUUCAGCCUUGCCGCGUCAGGCCGCUGGCGGAAGCUAGCGCCUGGCGCAAUCCGAUUCAUAGGCUGGAAGCCAGGCUGAGUUUGAGCCAAGAAGAGUGAAAGCUACUGCACUCUUUGGAUGUGAAAGUGAGAUCCGGUGCACUUUUCGAGUGUUGGGUGCAUGCCCAGGGAGGUGCCCACAAUUAUCUCCCGCCUCGGCGGGAGACCUUUUGAGGCAUGGCACUUUGGAGCAGUCGAGUACCUCGAGCUCUUCGCAUCUAGGAAUGGCUUGGGGAGCCGGCCUCGUGCAGAUCCUGACAGGCUGAAUGUGUGUGGUUUGUAUAUGUUUCUGUUCGUGUUGCCCUAUGUCGAGGAAGUGUUUGACCUAGAGACGAGGAUGGCAUUGGCCGGGUGUUUGACACUGUUGCGCCAAGUCUUCUCCAGCCUUUGCAAGGAUUCAAUCCUGUAGGCAAAUUGAGAGCCCCGUGGCACUUUUUUGCGGAGUCAUUUUCGCAGUUGGGCCGUGUCUUGGUAUAUGUUUGUCUCUUUCUUUCCAAUGCAGUUACAGCUUUCUCCGAUGGUCCAUCUAUGUUGCUUUCUGCUUCGCGGCGCCAGAGGGCUUUGGCACCCACCCGAGCCAGCAUCAGGAACGUGCGCUCGCUCGCAGGCUCCGAAUGGAGAGCCAAACAGAUCAGAUCAGCGAAACGGUGGAGAAGCAGCCACUUGAGCUCGGAAUAGCACUUGCCAGUCGCGUUGCUAUAUCAGGCCUCACCCCCCUCAGUGGCUUUCUAUAACUCCGCUUUGCAUGAACUUGGAUUGUGCCACAUGCGUGUUUUGUUGGAACGGAGAGCCUUAAUGUUUUUGGACCAGAUCUUUUCGGGAGUUUCAGCCUCUUCCUGCUGGCCAAGUUGAUUGCUUGAUGGCAGCCUUCAUGUUCGGCGGGUUUGACUGUAAUGGUACCAGCUUUUCACCCUUCGAGUAAACUAGCUUUCCCACGUCGUUCUGUGACCUGAAGUGUUUCCUGUCGUACGUUCUUCCCUUACCCCUAUGCGCACCCACAGGAGUUGAUGGGACAUAUAUUUUUCCCGGAAACCAGGGGACAAGCCCUCGUUUGCCCACGUUUAUCACGGGAAAAAUCAGAUGUUGGCCGCUCAUGUCCCGCUCGAUGCGUUGCCUCGCGGCUUGUCUUUGGCGCAGUCGGCAGGGCAAACUGCCUGCAGGUUCGCCGAGCGAGCCUCAACGGCCCUCGGAUCCGUGCGCGGCCACCGGAAACGGCGCCGGUUGGCUGUUGGCCCCCCGUUUCACAGGCAACCUGCGCAGUUGGGUGUUUUUCCCGGAAUAGGAGGAUUAUCCCAAAAUAGGUUGAUUGGUUUCAUUUGAUUCAUUGGGUGUUUGUCCUUCUUUCUGGGUCUAAAUCCGCGUCC